CACUUCUUCCUCCUGAGCCACACACAGCUCCUUCAAGGCGCAGCAUCCUUCCCUUGACGCAGAUCUUUCAAAAGCCAUCUCUUGAUUCAUUGCAACGCGCUUCGCUCGGCGCUUCGCAGCCAAGAUGAUGUCGGCAGUGCGCUGUCGGCUGGCGCCCAUCGCCUCUUCCUCCCUCCCGGCCCUUGCAGCGACAUCCCGUCUGCCUCUGCUGAAAUCAACGCGUCUGUUCAGCACCAACACGACGCCCAAGGCCGUCACGUCCACAGUAGUGAUACAUGAACAGUAGUCGCAACUACACACCUCGCUGACCGAUUCCCAAACACACGUACGACUCUACUCUCUGCUGGCGACUGCAGGUGGAUGUGCUGGGCAACGUGCCGACGUUGGAGCUGCAGAAGCUGCUAGAGGGAGGCCAUUACCGCAGCGUGGUCAAUCUCUGCGGGCCCGAGGAAGAUUACAUCUCGCCUGCCAACCUGUGUACGUAAGAUUGAACAAGUGGUCGAUGCGAUGCUGCCCAGAACAUCAUUCUUAUGACGUUGGUCGGUCUUGUGUAUGUUUGCAGGCGAGAAGUACCGGCUCCGCUAUGCCUCGCUGCCCGUCGACUCGAACAAACUCUCAUUCGUAAGCCUGAUGGAUGAAUGACGUCUCGUCUGCCUGACACUUGGCUGGUUGGAUUGCUGCCUCUCUUCUGCUAUGCUGUGUGUGCCAGGGUCUGGGUGAGUCGCUGGUGUCUGCCCUGUCCACCAUGCCCCAUCCCCUGCUCGUCCAGUGCCAGUCGGCCUCACGCGCGUCGGCGGCCGCCCUCCUGCAUGUGGCCUCGUCGCCCCACGAGCAGCCCGAUGCCGGCUCUGGUGGCACGGCUGAGCUGUCGAUGAGCCCCGAGAGCAAGGGUACCUUCAUGAGCCCGACUAAGGCACUCAAGUUUGCGGAAGAGAAGGAGCUGCCAUUCCUGGGGAAACCGCCCCUCAAGCAGUGGGUGGAGGUGAGGGUUUAAACACAGCACAACAGACAGACACGGGGGAGGAAUGGGGAAUGAAUGCUGGCGUGUACACUUACUUAGGUCUGUGUGAUGUGGUGUGUGUCGUGUGUGGGUGUGGUGUGCAGCGGUAUCUGUGUGCGCGUCACGUGUCGCUGGGUCACGAGGACCCUAACCUGUUCUUCCGUCAGCUGUUCGAUCGCGAGAGCUGCACCUUCACCUACAUCCUUGCGGACCCCAGGACACGCGAAGGCAUCAUAAUAGAUCCCGUCCUAGAGCAUCUCGAGUGAGUCAGUCAGUCAGUCGAUGUGGAACACAGAGAGGGAUGGAUGGAUGGAUGGAUGGAUGUGUGUCUGCAUGUUUGUGGUUCCUUGGUGCAGCCGCGACUUGUCCCUGCUUGACGAGUACGGCAUCAUUCUCAAAUACGCACUCAACACACACGUGGUCCGCAACAGAGAGAAUGAUGACCCACACCCACAGUGACCCUUGGGGAUAGAACAUUGUUGAUGUGUGUCUUGAUGCUUGCAGCACGCCGACCACGUCACCUCCACUGGCUGCAUGAAGGCACGACUAGACGGUGGGUGCGUCAGGGGACCACAUCAUCUUUCCAUCUUUCCGUCUUUCCGUCCCUCGUCUGUGUCUGUGUAUGUGUUUGUGUUUGUGUUUGUGUUUGUGCAGGCUUCCGGAGCGUGUUGAGCUCUGGCUACUCGUCCGCCCGCGCUGACCUGCACGUGGACCACGACGCCAAGCUCUUCUUUGGCGACCGCUACGUGGUCGCUCGCAGCACCCCUGGCCACACACCGGGAUGCCUGACGUUUGUGCUGGACGACCACUCCAAGGCCUUCACGGGAGACGCACUCCUCAUCCGCGGCUGUGGCAGGACUGAUUUCCAGGUGGGUGCGUGUCCUCCAUCCAUCCAUCCAUUCGUCGAAAGCGAUCAAUGCGUUCCGUUCCUGUCUUGGGGUCUGUCUUUUGUCCAUCAGAGCGGUGACUCUGAGCUGCUGUAUCGGGCGAUAUGGACGCAGAUCUUCACGCUGCCCGAGAGCUGCCUCCUGUACCCGGGACACGACUAUCAGGUAUCACACACGCCGAACCACCAAAUGCGCACCAAUCAGUGCUGGUGCGAUGUAAUGUUUGUGUGUCCUGUGUCGUGUGUCCUGUGUCGUGUGUCCUGUGUGUGUGUGUGUGUGUAUAGGGUCGCGAGUGCAGCAGUGUGUGGGAGGAGAAGCGCUACAACCCCCGGCUGACGAAGUCGCUGCCCGAGUUCAAGGAGCUGAUGGCCAACCUGGGCCUGCCGCAGCCAAAGCUCAUCGAGGUGGCCGUGCCCGUCAACCUCGAGGACGGCAUGGCCAAGAUACCAUCGGGAGAGCUCAGAUGCUUCGUAAGUGUCAGCUUGCAAGGCCUACGUGACACUUAUAAUCAUCCAUGCAUGGUUGGAUGGCUUGGUGGCGCGUGUGUGUGUUUGCAGGGCUGCCAAGGCUGAUGGGCUGGAUAGGAUAUUGUGGCGACACGCGUGGGUGUGAAUGUGUGUGUGUGUGUGCUGCCCCGUGAGUAUUUUUCGUCCUCUAGGUGAUGAUGCCGGCGUGAUAUCCUGAAACGAGUCCUGCUCGAAAUGAUUUCUGUUCUGCCAUCCGUGCUGGGCGGUGCUGGCGUAUGGCGCCGGAGGGGGACAGUGAGUGCCAGGCCAGCCAGGAUUCGCCUGCUGCUCUCUGUUUCUCUCCAAAGCCAUACGCCGACAAAGUCCAGCAGCAGGGCGGGCAGAAGACAUGCGCACUAAGUGUUUGUUUGUUCUUGCCUGGUGAGCGAUUCUUCGUAGCACCAUCGCUCAUGGGACGCGAUAAUGCCCACCUAAUUUAUGUUUGAUCUGUGGGUGUGUGUACCUGCAAGAGAGCCAACAUCGAUUCCAGC